AUGUUCAAGUGCAGACUUGCAAUCACGGUAGGUAUGUUCGUCUGGGAAUGCAUAGUCUGGUGUUCGCCGAACUUGAGGAUGUUCGUUGAACGAGGUGCGGUUUACCUCAUGCUUGACAUCAUAGAUGCAACGGUUUUUCCCGUUCGAGUCGUUUUCUUGGGUGCUCUCUGCGACAUGUGUGACGAGGGAGGCUAUGAGACACAAUUCUGCACUUGGCGAGGUCAUAACAAAGAACUGGGCCUCAUGUCGUUGCUAGCUAAAAUAUGGAGGGAAGAAGAAAUUAAGAUCAGGGCUAAGAGGACCGAAGAUGGCUGCAUUGAUGAUCUUGAGUUGCCAUUAAUGGGUAUAAAUCAGUGGUUCGCCACGUUUCAUCGAAAGUAUCCCAAAACAACGAGUCCAGCGUUAGAAGACAUGAUGGGAUCCUGUCGACCGAAAAUAUACGCGAUUCGUAAAAUUCUCGAACGUGAUACGGAGAGAUACGAGAUAGCACAGAAUCAUUACAGAAUAUUUUUACAAGAAAUACCCAUAGAGGAUCAGAUUACGAUGCUGUUAAUAGAUCACUACUUUCGGAUGAAACAGGGAGAGGUAUGGGUAGAAGUUCACAGAGACAUUCACAGGAUCGGUCUGCUGCCGAUCCGCACAGACGGUGAGAUGAUAUUUCUGAUGCUCCAGAGGCAACAAAGGCAAGCUCUGUCUAUCAAGGAGAGUCAAGAUGCUAUCUUAAAGGCGGCAAAAGAGGCUGAACUUCGGAAAGAAAAGGCGACGUACAAAGAAAUCAUAGAUUCGAAGCUUGCGCCGACACUGGACGCCCUGCACCAGAUCGAUUUCAUAUCCAGAACUACCGACCCGAGGUUCAUGUAUCGCAGCAAAAAUCGCCAGAGAGCGGAAGUCGAACGUGCGCUUCAUUUUCCGGUGGACGCGGAUCCCCAAUCCUGCCACAGAACGUUUCUCGGCAAAACAAAUGUCACGGCCAUAAUGAAUCACCAGCACACUAUACAAAGUGAAGCCCUUGCUAACGCCGAGCCCGAUAAAUAUAAACUGAUGCCCGUAUCGCCUUCGAUAUCCGGUUGUACAACCCCGUCGAUCGUCGCCGAAGCUUCCGACGGGCUUUCGUGUCGUGCAUGCUUCAUGUCUGGCCUACCAUGCUUUCAUCACGAACGGCAGCCGCACUGA